CCGCGCCGCCACCCAAACGGGUUACCCGCUUCAACCUUCGUCAACAAACCGCCGCCCCAAACAAAGGGCAGCCCAGCCGUCUGCAUCCAAUUUCACUUUCACAACGCUGCCCAGCGCUGACCAUCGACAAUUAUUGCCCCCGGAAUUCAUAAGUAGAUUUUAAUUCCUGCUCCGCUGUCCAGCAAAUACUCCUCUUCCACGCUCACGCCACAGCCGGCCAUCAGGGCACCCGCUCCCACGCACGCGACGAUUGCCUCGUCCACGCCGAUUUUGGUCGCCGGUACCGUGUCUCGCAGCGUCUACUACGCCUGCGAGCUGAUUGAUCUUGACCUGCCAUGACGGGUAAAGACGAGCACGACCCUCUUGUACCCAUGGACGCCUUCUCGCCUGCCAACCCGCCCGACGAAGGCUACUCCGAAGACCCUCUUAACCCGCCGCCUCGCAACGCCGUGCUAACGUCCCUUGCGACAAUGAGAUCACCGGCUGAUCUCCCGGCUUGGCUGGCGGCUAAUGCUUCUGCGCUCCCUGUGUCUGUUAGGACUGAACUCACCUAUGCUCUCCUCAGUGAGCUGCCGACAUCGUCGAUUGCGACCAUUGUAGAGCGCCUUAACCCUCGACUAUAUAUCGACUUUAUCCAACACCUGCCGGCCGAGAUAUGUCUCAAGAUCCUGGGCUAUCUGGACCCCGUGUCCCUGGUUAGCGUCCUGCGGACUUGCCGACUCUGGUACGACUUGGGCUUAGACAGGAAACUUUGGGAACGCUUAUAUCAUCUGGAAGGCUGGAAGGCUGUCUAUUCCGAGAUUGAGCGCUGCGAAGCCAAGAUUAAUGAGCGCGUCAAUGCGUCGAUAGGCCAGCUGCAUCGCACCCAGUCGGAAGACGGCCCGGCCGCCAAGGUUCGUGGGAUCAUGAACCAAGAUGAGGAUGUGGAUAUGACGGAUGGUGACAGAACACCUGGACCCAAGGAUAGCUUCACCAGUGCUAGCGUGUUUGGCUCGCCAGGUUCAUCCUUCUCAUCUAGCCGCAAGGCAAUGCCGCCUAUCCAAGAAGCGGAUGGCUUCGGCAAAGGAAAAGGUCUGGACACAUCUUCAUCAUCAAAUGAUAGUGGCAGCAAACGAAAGGCCCCGGCUGAUGAGCCCGAGUUUCUCGAUCUGCCUAUGCCCACCUCUAGAAAGUCGUCGAUGCGGUCGUCGCUAUGGGUUUGGGACGUCAACGCCUCACAGUAUCGUAUCAACUGGAAAUACCUGUACAACACACGCCGAGCUCUCGAGUCAAACUGGGAUCUUGGCAAGUUUACGACAUUCGUACUGCCCCACCCAGACUAUCCUGAAGAAGGACAUCAAGAGUGCGUCUACACGAUACAGUUUGAUGCCAAGUACCUGGUCAGUGGCAGCAGAGAUCGAACUAUGAGGAUAUGGAAUAUGAAAACUCGACGACUGGCCCGAGCCCCCUUGGUGGGCCACUUGGGCUCAGUAUUAUGUCUCCAAUUUGAUGCUGACCCUGCCGAGGACAUCAUUGUGUCUGGCAGCUCCGACUCAGACGUGCUGAUUUGGAAGUUUUCCACCGGUGAAAUCCUGCAAAAGAUUACAAAGGCGCAUCGCGAAUCUGUUCUCAAUGUACGAUUUGACAAGCGUAUUUUGGUAACGUCAUCAAAGGAUAAGACCAUCAAGAUUUUCAACCGACGUCCCCUGCGCUAUGGUGAUCUGGGCUAUGAGACUGGCGCGGACGUGGUCAACCCUGUCGGUAUCCCCGUCAAGCCGUAUGGGUACGAACCCGAUUUAGCACAGGAGCUGCCAAUCAAGCCGUCUUGGACCCAAAUUGCACGUCUGGACGGCCAUGGAGCUGCAGUCAACGCUAUCCAAGUCCGAGAUCGAACCAUUGUGUCCGUAUCGGGAGACCGCCAAAUCAAGGUCUGGGAUUGGCCGCGCCAGGUCUGCGAAAAGACAAUACCCGCACACGAAAAGGGAAUCGCGUGCGUUGAGUUUGACGGCCGCAGAAUUGUCAGUGGCAGCAGCGAUUACGAGGUUGGUGUAUUCGAUGCCAUCACAGGACUCAAGGUUGCCAGCCUGCGGACCCAUGGUAACCUUGUGCGUACUGUGCAAGCCGGGUUUGCAGAUCUGCCGGACAGCCGGUACGAGGAUGAACGGGAAGCCCGCGCACUAGACGCAGAAUAUACCAGGGCUGUGGAGGCUGGUGAAAUUGACCGAGAGGCUGAGCGUCGAGCUCGCCAUGCUCGUCGAGCCAACAACCCCAGCUCGCGAGCGGUGGAUGUGCAGACCUUUGGAGCCAAGAUUCCCCCUGGUGGCGGCGGUGGAAAGAAGUAUGGUCGCAUUGUGUCUGGGUCAUAUGAUCAGACAAUCAUCAUUUGGCGUAGAGACAAGGAGAGUGUGUGGAAGCCUGCUCACUUUCUUCGCCAAGAGACGGCUGUUGAGCAAGCACAGCAGCAGUCUGGGGACGGGGCGGCGCGUUCGCCAGCUUCGCAAGGCGGUACGCUGUCUAUUCGCCAAUCUCGCGCCCAUCGCUCCACGCAGUCUGUAACGGCAACGGCUCUUCAUCCAACCACUGCUCGAGAGGCCCCAACCGCCGACAGCCGCGCGGCUGGUAUGUACAUGACGCUCAUUGACCAGGUCGUUCCGGCUGGCGCCGCUGCUCUUCAGCAAGCGUUGACUGUAUACCCCGGGCUGUUGACGCAUCAUACAUAUCUACAGGCGACUAUUGAGCGGGAACCCUCUCCAUUUGUACGCUCGCAGAUGCGAUCUGCCGUCACCAGCGCCUUGGUGAACCUCCAGAGUGGCCAGGCGUCGAGACAGCGCGCUGCAACACAGAGUUCGGCGGCAGCACCGAGCUUGAGUGCCUCAGGUUCAAGCAGUGCAUCUCCUCAACAGCAACAGGCGACGGCUGGCGCCGCAGAAGGCAGUUCUUCAGCAUCCCACGCCAUGGUUCCAUCUCUCUCUCUUCCACCCGCCCCUACGCUGGGUCACGCACAACCUCAUACUCACACGUACCACGGCCCUCCACGCCAACACCACCCACAUCUUGUCGCCGCAGAGAAUGCACCGGCGCGUGUGUUCAAGCUGCAGUUUGACGCAAGAAAGAUUGUCUGCUGCACGCAGGCCCAUGUCAUUGUCGGCUGGGACUUUUGCAACGGCGAGGCAGACCUUGAAGAGGUUAGCCGAUUCUUUGCCACGGUCGACUAAAGCAGCGUCUUUUUUUUCUUAUCAUCAUCACCACCACCCAUAUAUCAUUAAUGAGUGCGACGGCGUAUUCCAGGAUAUCUUUUUUUUAUUGUUGGCAUAACAGGUAGACCAGGGAAAGCAUUCACAUAGGUAGACAAAGGAUAGGCAGGCAGGAAAUCAGGCAUGUUAGCAUAUUUCUCUUUUUGAAAUCAUCAAAUUAAAAUUCACAUUUACCAUUAUUGCUGUCCUUUCUAAUCAAAUGCACAGCGCUACGCUUGUUGAACUAUUUCCCAGUAUGAUCUCAGUACACACAAAAAAGACACAGUAUUCAUUCUCUUUCCAACUCAGCCCGCAACCUGCUUCACCUUAUCCUCCGUCUGCGGCGGCUCAUCAAUAAACUCAGGCACCACCUCGUCCUGCAAAAAUCCUGGCACCGCACCGCCCAUCAUCUCCUGCUCCAGCUCCUGCUCCAUACCCAGUGCCUCGAGCUCCGCAUCGAGCUCAGCCUCGUCCACCUCGUCGGGAAUAUCGUAGCUGCGCGCCAGACUAUCCUGGAUCUCGUUGCCCACGUCCAUGAGGUCGGCCAUUUCGUCCUGCAGGCGCUCAAUCUUGUCGAUGUCGAUCUUGCCGUACUGCCUGCGCAGCUCCUUAUUGGUCGUCUUCAUCGCGUCGACCUGUGUCAUGACGUUCUUGAGGUUGUCCUGCAUACUUUGUGCUUGCUCCAUGUUCCAGACUUGGCCUUCGAGCUUCUCCUUCUCGGCCUCGUAGGCCUUGCGGCGCUGCAGGACCUUGAGGGCCUUUUGUUUGAUGGCUUGUUUGCCGGGGCCUUCACGCAUCUUGGAGAGUUUCUCCUGGUAGGCGGAGAGCUCGCCGUUGAGGGCUUUGAGUUUGGUGUCGAUGGAGGCGACGCGGGUGUCGAUGUUGGAGAUGGCGCCGUUGAGGGUCGGUUUGGGCCCUGUGGGCUUAGAGCCGAAGAAGCGGUUCAUGGUGUUGUUGAUGUGCGCAGAGAAUAGAGAGGGAUGUGUCGAGUCGUGAGGAUGGGAGGUAUGGUGUGGUUUUUGUUGGUAGGUGAGAGUUGGGCGAGAAGUGUUGGUAGGUGCAGUAGAUGGUUGAGCUUUUGGUGUCUGCCUG